AUGUUAUCUCCAUCAACUAUCGAUUCAAUAAAUUUUCUAGCAAAACAAAUCAAUAUUUAUUUUGGAUUAUUUAUUUUAAUUCUUGGUAUAAUUGGUGGUUUAAUAAAUAUUAUCAUUUUUACUACAUUAAAAACAUUUCGAAAAACCAGUUGUGCUUUUUAUCUAAUGAUGGCAUCAAUAUUUAAUGUAGGAGAAUUGAUUUCAGGUGCAUUUACUACUAUUCUUAAGAUUGGUUUUGAUAUUGAUCCAACAGAAUUAUCAUAUCUAUGUAAAAUUCGUAUGUUUUUAGUACAAUGGUUUAGUUUACUUUCAGUUACUAGUAUGUGUUUAGCAAGUAUUGAUCAAUUUCUUUUAGUUAAAUAUCAAUAUUUAACUAGUUUAAAAUUAGCAAUUAGUUUUAUUACUAUUGCUUGUUUAAUAUGGUCUAUUCAUGGUAUAUUUUUUGUUCUAUUUUGGAAUUCAAUUGAUGGUGUUUGUAGUAUAACUAAUAUUACAUUUGAUAUGUAUAUAACUUAUUUUCAUUUUCCAAUUCUUCUUGGAUUUUUACCACUUACAAUUAUGAUUCUAUGUUCUUUUCCUGCUUUUAUUAAUGCAAGAAAAUUAGCUAGUCGACAAAUAAAUAUCAUACGUUUAAGUUGUGAUCGACAAUUAACAGCAAUGACACUUAGUCAAAUAGCAUUUAUUGUUAUAACAACUAUUCCAUUUAUAACAAAUUAUAUAUUCUUAUUAAAUAUGAACUCUACCGAUAAGGAAUCUAAUGCUCGAAUGUAUCUUGUUCAUACAAUUACAACUUAUGUGUAUUAUACAACUUACACAAAUUCAUUUUACAUUUAUUGUUUUGUAUCAAAACGUUUUCGUAAACAAUUUAUCUAUGUUCUUAUCAAUGUUCAUCUUCAACGAUACAAUCAACAAAGAAAUCGUUUGAAUAAUAAUCAAGUACAACCUACGAAAGUCGGAACAAGUAUUGAACAAAUUCCAAAGAAAAAUGAUGAUAUUACAUUAUAUUAA